GCUAGUUUGCUGUUUUCGAGCUGGUAUCGUCCCCGACAGCAUCUUUCCUGAUUGCUGUCAUUCCAUUGCAGCAUGACAGCUGCCUCCGACCACUCCCUGCCCGAAACCUCCUUCACUCCGCAUUGCGCUUAUCGUUCCCCGGUUUCCCCUUAAGAUAUGGGAGUUUAGGAGAUGAAUCUCGGCAUAAUCGGCGCAAAGUAUCAGGAUUUGGUUUAUACACAAUACUGGCUUUCUGGCGAACCCAUCCACCGUGGCUGGUCACUCGCAACUUCAAUCUUCCUGUCCGAGGAAGAGGAUUUGUCGGUCUCCCGGUGUCAGCACCGAGAUGCCUCAUUGUUCCGGCGCAGAUGUAUACCGCAGGGUUGACCCGGAGGCAUCCCUGGUCCUCAUUGGGAUUCGGGGAUGUGGGAAACGGUCACUGGGGUUUGUUGCUGCUACAGCGUUGAAGCGGCGUUUCAUCACGGAGGACCACUACUUUAAAGAAGUUACUGGACUUUCGCGCCACGAGUACCUGAAGCAGCAUGGAAGCCAGAAUUUCCAGCAGCGAGAUAUUGAAGUCCUCAAAUUGAUGCUAGACAACCACCGUUCGCGCUGCGUUAUUGAGUGCGGCUUAGGAACUCUUACUCGUCCCGUCCAGGAAUACCUUCGACAGUAUUCUCUUACGAACCCCGUGGUGUACAUUGCGCGAGAUAUGGAUCGCAUUCAAAAGUUGCUAGGAUUUGAUGAUCAGGCGGCAAAGCUACUUUGUGAAGGCGAUCCGCUACACCGGACUUGCUCAAAUUUUGAGUACUAUAACGCGGAGGAUCGCUCGAGUUUCGCUCAGCUCGACGAAGAAACGCAAGAUCGACGUUCAGUCGUCUAUUCUUUCAAACUCAAGGAGGCGAAGGAGGAUUUCACACGUUUCGUUCGCUUCGUCACGGGUACAGACGUCGGCCAUUCUAGCUAUGACUCGCCUUUCGUGCUGCUCGAAACUCCACCCGAGCUACGGUCGUACACCUAUGCGAUCUUUGUCCGUUCCUCCGACAUGAUCGAUAACAGAGUCAGAUUAUCAGAACUCGAGUCCGGUGGGGAUGCUAUUGAGCUGUGUGUCGAUCGCUGGGGCCCAAAUAUGGCGAUGACUGUGAGCAAGCAGGUUUCUAUCCUCAGGAGAAAUACGCACGCUCCGAUAAUUCUGUCAAUCGACACCCGCUCGCUUGGGAUUACUGGUGGCGAUCAAUACCCGAUAAAGGGCAGUAAUGUGUACGCUCAGAUUGUGGAACACUGCCUACGGCUUGCCGUCGAGUAUCUGGUGGUCGACCUGGAUCAAGAUCAGGCGCUAAUCAAUGAAACCAUCCGUAAUAGGGGCAUGACAAAAAUCAUCGGUCAGCGUAUUUUUGAACCGUCCUCUGGUGUUAGUUGGGAUAAUGAAGAAUGCCUAUCGGCUUAUCUCAAUGCUGCUGGACUGGGGUGUCAGUUGGUUCGCAUUCUGCGUGUAGCAACGGAGCGCGAAGACAAUGCAGCCAUUGCCAAAUUCACUAAUAGGAUUGAAUUGUUACCGGGUGACCACCCACCGGUUAUAGCCUUCAACCUCGGUAGCCUUGGCCGCACCUCUCAGGUAUUCAACUCUAUUCUCACCUCUGUGUCGCAUUCUGCAAUCGAUCGUCUUUCUCACAACGAGAGAGAUCCGCAAAUCAUGGCCCGUGACGCUGUUCAAGCUCUUUUCCAGAGUUAUGUCCUGGAUCCUCUGCAGUUCUAUAUCCUGGGCGGCAGCGUAGCUUACAGUCUAUCGCCUGCGAUGUAUAACGCCGCUUUCCGCCAUUGCGGUAUGAAUCAUACUUAUAGUAUUCCGGAAAAGCCAACAUUGGCAGCAUUAGACGAACUGGGUCGAGAUCCGAAUUUCGGUGGCGCCAGUAUUGUUCAACCUUGGAGGGUGCAAGUCUUCCAGAAGCUCGCGGCAAAGAGCCGCCAUGCCGAAGCCAUAGGUGCAAUAAAUACAAUCAUGCCACUUCGGGGUCACUCGGAUGGAACUAUGUUCCCUCUACAAGAACAAGCUAGCCGCCGCCAUCUGGCUGGUCCAGUGCUGGGAUGGUAUGGCGAGAAUACGGAUUGGGUUGGUAUUAUGACCUGCAUCAACCGCAACCUCUCCCCGCGUAAUGCUAUCAGCCCGUCCAGGACCACCGGCCUGGUCAUCGGAGCCGGUGGUAUGGCGCGUGCCGCUAUAUAUGCUAUGCUUCGACUCGGUUGUCGAAAGAUUUUCAUCUACAACCGGACUUUAUCCCGCGCAGAGACCGUCGCUCGCCAUUUCAAUUCAUGGGCCGCCUCCCAAGUGGGCUCCACGGAAGUAGUGUAUGUGCUUCGGUCGCUGCACGAAGAAUGGCCGCAGGAUGCCUGCCCUCCGUGCAUGGUCGCCUCUUGCGUUCCAGCGGACCCGGACAGAGAUGAGCCGCCAGCUAAUUUCGAAAUGCCAACGCAGUGGUUGGGAAGCCCAACCGGUGGAGUAGUCCUUGAGUUUGCGUACAAACCGCUGGAAACGCCACUGCUUCGCCAGAUGCGUCGCUUUCGUAGCGAAACUGGACGUCAAUGGGAAUUGGUAGACGGCCUUGACAAUGUUGCUGAGCAGGCCAUUGCGCAAUUCGAGAUAUUGACUGGACGAAAGGCGCCGCGCCGAUUAAUGACCAUGGAGGCGCUCCGCAACUAUGCCGGUGAAAAUGGACCGUUCGACGAGAAAACAAUUCGAGCUCGCAUAAACAUCUACGAAUGAAGAAAACAGGGUAUUGUAGACUUCUCUAUACGGAUACUGUUUAAUAUAU